GUUUGUCAAGGAUAUGACGAAGGCACAGAACCAACGUCCCACAAAUUAUUGCACCAUUAUUUAUUGAAUCGCUCUGCUUUGGACAGAGAUGGUGCUACCCGCAGUGUGGAUCGACCGGCAGUUGAGCCGCUUGUUGGGGAAUCUGGGCCAUGCGGUCGGGGAGAGACCCAGCGCCUUCAUCUUCGGCACUCUUUUCCUUUUCCUUUUUUUCGCCACCGGGAUUCAAAACAUGAACGAUAACUACGUCGGCGACGUGGAAUGGCUCUUCACGCCCACGCACGGGCGGGGAUGGACGGAGGAACGCGUAAAGAAGGAAUACUUCGAACAGAAGAUCCACAGCGAACGACGGAGAAGACGUAGUCCUCGCUUCGACGUCGACCCCGAUCCUCUACGAGACCAGAUGACGCGACGCGAUUUCACGGAUGACCUGGCCUCGAGUUGGCUGGGAGGACCAGAUCGCAAGAAACUCGCGAGACCCUCUAAACCCCAAACGAAUCAUCUGAACGAUUGGAACAUCUGGGGAAGACCCGUCUACUCGAACGAACUCGAAGAGGCGGAAGAGAAAGAAAUUCGCUCCGGUCGAGGCAGAAGGAACGUGAAAGAAGACCUGAAAGAGAAGGAUGGCAUCUGGGCGAUGACCAGGGUUCUCGUCGUGGCCAAGGACGAAGGGACCAUGCUCAGGAAUGACACCCUCCACGAGUUUCUUUACGUCACCAACAGACUCCGAUCGGUCAAACUCAAAACCAAUGGCAAGGAAUAUACGUACGAAGACAUCUGUGGGAACCGUUGCUGGGACCCGAGAGAAGGAAUCCAAAAUUUCAUCGACCUCAUACCCCGUUACGAGGCGGGAGAGGUUAACAUCACUUACCCGGCCUUUUUGGAUCCGGUGACCUUGAAGACCAUGAUCCUCCCCACCAUUUUCGGCGGAAUCGAGCCCUCGGACGACGGUGCCGUGGUGACCUACGUGAAGGCAGCUGUCGUGACCCAAGUCACCGCCUCCAAGCCCAGGGAAACCUUCGAGCUCGGUUACGAGUGGUUGCUAGCGGCGGAGACGGAGAUGAACCAGCUACGAAAGGAGCUGGAGCACCUGGACAUGUAUUUCUACUCCACCCGGAUAGCACCAGACCAACUAGAGAGAGGUAUGAACGCCAUUUUCCCCUUCAUCACAGCCGCCAUCUUCAUCCUCCUCGGCUUCACCACCCUCUGCCUGGUGACGCUGGACCCGGUCAAGUCCAAGCCCAUUCUGGCCAUCAUGGGAGUGAUUUCGGCCGCAAUAGCUACGCUUGCUUCCAUGGGCUUCCUCAUCUACAUCCAGGUUCCCUUCAUCGGGCUCAACAAGUUGGAUGGCCGCCUGCUUCGUGACCGUCUCGUCUCCAUUCGCUCGUGGAGGAUCCUGAUCGUGCCGACGUCGGUCGUAGGGAUCGGGUUGGACGACACGUUCGUGAUCGUGGGAGCGUGGAGACGGACGAAUCCUCGGAACGGCGUCUCGGACCGAAUGAGGGCGACGUAUGCGGAGGCGGCCGUGAGCGUGACCAUCACUUCGCUCACGGAUGGGAUCAGUUUCUUCAUCGGGGCCCUCACCGACAUCCCCUUCAUCUACGUCUUCUGCACUUACACAGGGACAGCGGUGGUGUUCCUCUAUUUUUGCCAUCUGACCUUCUUCGGGGGAUUCCUGGCCCUCACGGGAUACGCGGAGCAAGCCAAUCGCCAUUCCAUCACCUGCUUCAAGGUCCCUGCCAAGUCCGAGGCCCUUGACAGGAACAUCUUGUUCCGGGCAUGCUGUGCUGGAGGAGUGUCAUCGAAGAACCCAUACCACAAAGAGAAUAUAGACGAGCACCUCGGCAUGGUCAUCUUCAGGGACUACUUUGGCAAGCUCCUCACCUUCCCACAAAUCAAGGUCUCCAUCAUGUUUUUCUAG